GGGACGGUGGCCGGGGCUGGCAGGGAGCAAGAGCCGGCUGCACGGAGGGAGCAGGUGGAGAGACAGCCCCGUGGCUCCCAUGGCACCCGGCCCCUUCCCUGCAGCCCUGCGCCCGCUGCUUGCCUCCGCCCCGCGGCCCCUGGCUUGGAUGCACGGGCUGGUGUCUUCUGGGGGACUGAUGCUUUCUGUCCAGACUCCCCACCGAUGGCUCUGAUCUACUUUGCUGCCCCCUCGACGCCCAGCCUGGGACCCUCGGCCUCUCUGCCGGGAGUGGGGAUGCUCACUUUCCUCCUGGCAGGCUGUGCCAGACACCUGCCAGUCACCUCGGAGUGUUUUCCCAUCACGUGUCCCUGCCUUGUUGGGUUGUCGAGCCCUCUCGGUCUGUGAAAAGCCCUCCCCGCUUCACCAGUAUCCUCUGGGGCUGCUGUCUCUUUGGCUUUCUGCUCUUCACCCACACUAUUCCUUGGCCACAUCCUAUUCAGACCUCGCUCUCGGCUGGUCCUGUCCCUUCGGAGGCUUCGAGAAGAGCGGACAGCUUCACGUGGAGGUACAGGCAGAGAUUGUCCUUGUUCAAUAGGAUACUGGCUGCGGUGGGAACAAUUUGGGAGCCAUGGGCCGUCGGCUCAUUCGUGGUCUCUCUGGAGCUGCAGUCUUCCUUGUCAGCGUGGCUCUCCUCUCUGUGCGACACCGUGGGGCUCAGGAGACGGCUCGGUACCCAGGGCUCAGGGACGGGAUGUCGGGGAGGCCGGAGCGACGGAGCAAAGCAAGCCCAGAGGAUGGAGGUGGUGGCAGGGGGCAGAAGGACCUGCAGUUCCAUCCUCCAGAGCGAUACAGGACUGAGGGAAGCCUGACUCUUGGGGACAUUUUCAUAGCUGUGAAGACAACCAAGAGAUUUCACCAGAGCAGGAUGGAGCUGCUCCUGGACACGUGGAUAUCCCGGGCCAGAGAGCAGACCUACGUCUUCACCGACGAAGAAGAUGAUGCCCUGAAAAGCAGAAUGGGUGACCACGCAGUCUUCACCAACUGCUCUGCCGAGCACAGCCACCCAGCCCUCUCCUGCAAGAUGGCUGCUGAGUUUGACGCCUUCCUGGCCAGCAGCAGAAGCUGGUUUUGCCAUUUGGAUGACGACAACUACCUGAACCCUCGUGCCCUCCUGAAGCUCUUGUCCUCCUACUCUGCGACGUGGGAUGUUUACCUGGGGAAACCCAGCCUCAACCGACCCAUCCGAGCCUCUGAAACGCUGCCAAACAAUGAGACGAAAUCCGUGCGCUUCUGGUUUGCCACAGGAGGGGCUGGGUUCUGCAUCAGCCGCCAGCUGGCAAGCAAGAUGGUGCCGUGGGCCAGGUGGAUGCCUAUGUCCUCCCCUACCCUUAUCGUAACCCACGCAGCCCUACUCUCUUCCAGUGGCAGGAACUUCCUGAGCACUUCAGAGCUCAUCCGCCUGCCAGAUGACUGCACCGUGGGUUACAUCAUUGAGUGCAAAGUCGGUGGGCAGCUGCUGCCCAACGCGCUCUUCCACUCCCACCUGGAGAACCUGCAGCUCAUCCCCUCCUCUCGGCUCACGCAGCAGGUCACCCUGAGUUAUGGUGUCUUUGAGAACAAGCUCAAUGUUAUUGAACUCAGCGGCCCCUUCUCACCCCAAGAGGAUCCCUCAAGCAGGUUUCGAUCGCUCCACUGCCAUCUCUAUCCUGACACCUCCUGGUGCUUGCACGCUGUUGGCUGGUGAUGCCUGAGCCUCAGCUAGAGUGGCUCCUGGUGACAUCCAUUCACCUUGUGCAUGUAGGGGUGGGACACUGAAGCAACUUGGUGCUUCCAACUUUCCCUUUUCUAUGGCAGUCUUGGGGCUGUGUGAUGGCUUUUUUGGUCCUUGCUGAGUAUCAGUGACACAAGACAAGAGACAAGAUGGAUAACAUGGUCUGGAUACAUGGAUGGGCUUCUCAUCUGUGCUGGGGAUGUGCAAGGGAUGGGAGCAGUAUGCCUUACUGAGCAGAUCAAGGACUGGAUGGUGACUGCUGGGCAUCUAGAGGUGGGGACCUGCUGUUGCUCCUUGCUGUGGGUUCCUCUUGCUGGACUAGAAAGGCCCUGGGUAUGGCUAACCAGUGCCCCACUGAGGAUGGCUGAUGGUGUCUUGUGGCUCCAGCCUCUCUUAGCAGGCCCUCUUCCUCCCUAUCUGCCUGUGCUUUCCCCACCGCCCACUCUUCCCAGCCACAGCCCCUUGGCUGAGUCUCUGCUUAGUCAAGGUCUAUAGAAAUGGAAAAUGUGACCAUUUCUGUGCCGAAUGAGUGCUGGGAAAGCAUAGUCCUUGCCUGGCAGAGGGGAGGUGGGCCGAAAGUACAAAGAAUCAGGAAUCCCCCUGCCUGCUGGGACAAAGAAGAGGGUAUGAAGCAGGGAGCCAGGAGGAGACAGAUUGAGAUGAGGCUGGUUCCUGCCCUGAUCACCGAAGGCUUGAACUUGUAUGGCCCUGCGUUAUUCCUCUCUUUUUACCUACUUGAUAUGGGGUCAGGAUAAUCUCUUGCUCUAAUUACCAACCUGUCGUCUGAGAUUAGACUCCAACUCUUACCUGUGAGAGAGGAGACAUAAAGGAUUAGGACUGGCUGAAAGAGAGGAGAAAAGAAGAGAUGGAGAAGGAGUGCUCAGGAGCGGAUUAGAGGUUACAGCUUUAUAAUCUUCUCUGUCCCCCAACCAAAAAAAAAUUAAGUCAUGAAGGAAUGGAAACAGCAAGGCAAAGAGCUUUUUAUCUCUGUGUUUCUUUCCUCCAGACGCUAAGAGCAGCUUUCCGCCUUCCUGCUGAGCCCAACAGGGGGAAGGAGCAGGCCCAAAUAGGUUACAAGCUUUCUGGCAUGUUUGUGGAGGGUCCUUUUCUCAGUACAAAGCCUGGCAUGAAAGCUGGGCAAUUCUGCUUGCCGGGGAAUGAACUUCAGCACUAUUUUGUCCCUGUGCACACGGUUAAAUGGCUGGGGGAGAGCAUUGCAGGGAAGGCUGGAAGGCAAAAAGGCUGUUUUAAAUGGCAGGUGGUGCCACAAACAGGUAUUUCUCUUUAAAGAGCUUUUCAAAACGCACUGCUGGGAUCUGUGAAAGAUUCCUGUAAUCUCCAGAUGAAAGGACAAAUGCCCUUUCUCCAAAGAGCUGCUUAGCUUUGAUGCUGCUGAUGUGACUAAGCCUGCUGUUGGUGGGCUGGAAGAGCCAAGGGUGACUAUCACUGUGCCUCUACCGUUUUGAAAACUGGCCACCCCGUCACCUCCUCCCCCCUGAGCCCCAAGCACCAGCAUCUCCUACACAGCACACACGAGGUUUAAAGGAAAGGCGUCAGAAAGACCUUCCACCUCUGCAAAGUAGGAUGUGGAAAUAAAUGAGCACUUUAAUUUCUGGAGAAGCAGAAAGCGGGAGCCUGUAGAACUGUUUUCCAGCCUGGUCAUUCUUACCGGCAUUUAACCAGCUUGUGAAGCAGCAGAGAGCCCUGCUUUCUUCUCUUGCACAACAUGCCUUUGAACUGGAAAUUCAUCCAGAGCAGGGACAAGGGCCAGCUGAUGCCAAUGACCGUUCCUUGAGUCGUGCAAAGCGCUUGGCUCACACAGCUACAAGAACACAGGAACAAUGCACAAAGUGGCUCAAAAAGAGACACCCAACUACUGGAAGACAGGUGCAGCAUAAAGAAGUCCUGCCCCACAGGGCAAAUGAUUUGGUUUGAACUUAACCAGAAGACAGAAAAUGCUUCUGUGAGAAGAAAUGGGAGUCUUCAAGACAAAUCUACGCUACCCAGAUAUCAUCUUUUUUUUUCCUCCCAUUCAAACCCUCAGCUGUGUUGUUAAUUGAGUCUUUGAGCUAAAAAGCCAGUCCUAUCUGUAGAUGUCCUGGUGACAAUCAAAGCAAAAUGUGAUUCAUGUGCCCGGAGAAGAAACUGAUAGAACGGUCUCCCUUUGCUGGGGAAAAGCAAGGCAGAGAAACUGGAAGCCCGCUUUGGAUCCUAGCCUCAGCUAGUUUGAUUUGGCCUGGUCCCUUUUGCAUGGCUGAAGAUCAGAUGUUAAAUGGGUUGAGUCCUUGAGUGGCUGCACGGGGACCGGUUUAAGACUGAGCUUCAUUGCUGGAGCAGUUAAUAGCCACUUCUGUGGAAAAUGUCUUGUCUCAUAAGGAAACCGAGAACAGACGAGAAGAUGUCUGGGGCAGGGCAUCUCUUGGGCUGUAGAGAAACGAAUGACAGAAAAGUCCUGUUAUGCCUGUGACGACAAUGCGCUGGAAAGAAAAUAGCUUCUCGGAGUCGACAAAAGAAACCAGGUUUUCUCUAAGAACAGAGAGACAGCUUAAGGGGACAUUCACCACAUGAAAUCUGAUCAACGUUAAAACCUGAGUUAAAAUUAGUUUCAGGAAUGGUUCCUGCCCGUGGGGCUUGCUGUCAGAUGUUGUGGUUUUACAGUCUCAUUUUCCUAGUUUAUUAAAAUGUUUAGCUGCUUCGGAAAAUGAGAAACAAUCUCACGUGAAACUUUUCAGGGGACUGUCUUUUUUUAUUCUCCUUCAUGAUCUUCUGAUGUAACUGUUAAAGUUUUUGGGAAGGUUCCACUGGGUCUAUUAAAUUCUCUUGCUUUUUUUCUUUUUUUUUUAUAUACCCCCCUCCUUCUCUCUCUCACACUCCCUUUUCUCAUUGCAGGAAAAAAACCAACCCUACCCCAAGAAUGAAAAGGGAUGGAGAUGUGGUGGUUUUAUUUUAUUGGGAAAAAUGGGGUCAAAGUCAAAGGUGUUGGCAUGACCCUGCUGUUGUACAACAUUAAGUGUAGUUCAAGGUUUCAAGUACAGAGACCUCCGCCUGCCCAACACCAUAGCAACCAACACUAUUAAUGAUGUUUAAGCUGUAUACUGAAGAUUCAGAAAAAGGAGAAGGAGGGGAAAAAAAGCAGUUACAGUAUUUGAAAUGUAAAAUAUUAAGUGAGGCUUUCAUGUUAACAAUAUCCUUUCUUCGCUUUCCCCUUAGCUGUGAAGAAUUUUUAUAAGGAAACCCCUAUUUGACAGUGCAAAAAAAAUGCUAAUAACUAUCCUUUCUUUAGGGGGAAAAAGAGAAGUUAGUUGAAAUAGGUGGGAAACUGCAGUUGUUGCUAAAGCCUUGAAGGGGAGAGAGAAGAAUAGCAAUGCUAUACAAUGCUUCUGUCGCUGGUGCCAACUCCUCUUAACAACUCUGCUGCCGAAGAAAAACAGAUUUCUAAGCCACUGUGGGAUUUACCCAACUUGUACCCAGAUUGCAGCCUUCAGCUCUCUCCCCAGGCCUCUUGCUAAAGAUGCAGCCUUCAAAAGAUGAGUGGUUUAUUAAACAGAAACCAAAAGGUGAGAAAUAGGAACAAGAAGAAAGGAGACUGGAUGGAAAGAAACCAUGAAGUGGGACCUUGGAGGAAAGCUAUCCAUUGAAAGGCCUCUUUGGGAGCUUCCCAGCAAUAGUGGGAAAAGGGGUUGUUGCCUGGACACCCAGCUCUGGACAUUUUUGUGGUCAGGACAAUUGUAGCCCACCAGUGCCAGAGGGGAUGCCAGCCUGUGAGUCAGAGUUCACCUUGGAAGAGGUGAGAUCAGCUGUGUUGGCCCUAAACCUCUUCUUUCUUUUUCUUUCUUUCCUUUUUUUUUUUUUUAAUAACACUCCAGAGAAGUUGAUGUAUUUUAAUCUGAUAGGUAUACUCAAUUCCUUACAGAACAUUUGGCCUCUUAAUUUCGAGGCUUCAUCUGCCCUUGUUUACAAUACAGGCUCUUCAGACAGUCCAGGGGUGUGAUCAGCAGCUCUUUUCCUUCAUGUAUUUGAUUUCUUUUGCCUUCAAUCCCUGAAAAAGCCUUCAAGACAGCUGGCUUGCCCUUUUGCACCACUGGCCACCAGGGCUCUACACACCUGAGCACACUUCUGGGGUUGAUUCAAAGGUGAAGGAGGGUGACCGAACCCUCCAUUCGGUAACUGCAUGGGCACAGAGAGGCAUGGACCAUCCUUAUGUUCUUCCUCGAGGCACCUGCUAGCUGCUGGUGCCAGAGAUGGGAUCUCAUACUAACUGGGACUUUCUUCUGUCCCAAAUACCGCUGGGCUUAUGGCUCCACUGAAGAGGACACAUUACCAGAGGCAUAAGCAAGGCCAGGAAGAAGAGCAGCAUCACAAACGUGCAAAUAACUGUGCCUGUUCUUACCAGCUGAUGCAGGAUUUUUUCCUCUAGACUUUCUGCCCACUUUCCUGGGAGGUUAAAGGAGUGAAGGGAUGAGGUGUUGUUACUCAGCUGGCAUUGCCUCUUUUAAGGCUUUGACAGUCUGAGAUUUUUGUUGCUCCCUGUUUGAUCCAGCUUGGACUCCAAGAAAGCUGGGAACUCAUCUCUCUCCCUCUUUGAACUGUAUGUGAUUAAUUACAGACCUCAAGAAUGGGCUCCUGGCCUAUCUCUCAUGUUUAAAUUGCCUUCCAGGAUUUUGCAAGGCUAAGGAGCCUCUUCAGAUAUUACAUCUGACUGUGCCUCGGUCAAGUCUCCCUUGGUUUUGCUGGGAGCUGCAUCUGAUUCAUGGUGAACUUUGAGAACAAAUUAAAUAGAGUGCUUUGUACAUGGAUUUGCUGGCCCUGACCCUUCUGCUUGAGAAGAAGACGGUGUUGAUUUUAGCAACAUAAGAAGUGUAACUAAGCAGGGCAAUUGGAUGGGGAGAGAUGCAGCUAUUCUAAACUCCUGCUUUCCCCAGCCCACCCUUAGAAGUGGGGCACGGAGAGAAUCUGCAGCUGGUGCCUUUGGCCACAGUGUAUCAGGUGGAGGAUAUGCCAUGAAAUAUCCAGCAUUUGCACUGGCAGAGAAUCCAGCAGCCCCUGUUGUGAGCCAAGGCCAGCUUGCACUUGGUGCUAGACAGAGAGACAAAUGGUGCC